CGAGUGCGACUAUCAAUGAGCAGCCCAAGCAUAACGUGGGGGUCGUAAUAUUUUGCCAAGUCGUGUAUGGUGAUUGGGGCCCUUGAAGUGUUUCUCACCAGCUGAUUAAAGACAAAAAAACGUACCUAGACAUUCGUAAACAAGACUAAAAGAUCUGUUAAAAAAAACUACUAAAAACGAAAACUAUUUCCAAACAUUUUUAUGUGCAAAAACAAAAAACAAAACAAAAAUCCGCCAAAAAAAUCCCCCAUCAUUUUUGGUAUUAUGUGCAAUCUGAACCAUAAACAACAAAUUAGCAACAACACAAAAAUUUAAAAUCAAAUACUAAACAGGAAAAAGACACACAAUCCAAAAAAAUCGUAUAGAUCAGUGAUCAAUUGUGAAACAUUUAGAAGAAAAAAAAAAUAUACAAUUUGAAGCGUGAAUUGACAAAUAAAAACUAAAAUACUCAAACAAUCGCAGCAGCAGAAAAACAACAAUAAAUGCAGCAAUAAAUAUUUCCAAAUAGAACUCAUCACCGAACUUGAGGUUUUCUAUGCUCGCAAAUUUGCUUCGGUUGGAGACUACCAAGCAGUUUUUCUUUAUUUAUGUUAAUGCUUUUGGCUUUGGUCUAAGAAAAGUUGGUUUUUUCUAGAGGGGGGGGUUUUUUAUAACGUCCCAGAAACCAAGCCGAGAGCUGCAGAAGUAUUAUUGACAACAACUACAACAAUAGCAGCAGCAGCGGCACCAGCAACAACAACAGCAACUCAACAACAUCAGCAGGAGUAUACAACACACAAUUUAUAAAGGAAAAAAAUACAACAUUUUUUUUCUUGGCAAAAAUCCGUCCACUUAUUGAAACCUAAUAUUUAAAAAUAUAUUUAACAAAAAAAAUAAAGGAUAAUAGCCUACCACUACAACACUUACAACUAUUGUUUGCAACAACAAUCAACUUGGCAGCCCAAACACAUAAAUGGAACCGCUUUAAACAACAACAACAAUGAAAAUAUGAAUCUUUAGAAAUCCUUUAUUUCCUAUUUAUACAAGAGAAAUACUCUAAGAAAAAAGGCAAAUUAAUGGCCAACUUUGCAUAUGGACAACACAAACUAUUAACAAUUUCAAAAGGCAAAUAACUAAAUUGGAAAGGAACAAAAAUCAAAUAAUUCAUCGGUCUGCAUACGUCGCUACAUCACCCCCCACAACAAAUCACACAAAAGUUUCCCUCCCUACGGUUGAGAAAAUAGGAAAAAGGAUUCUUUUGUGUGAGACGUAAGUAGACGAAGAAGAAAAGCGGAAACUAAAAACGAUUUCUCUCCCACAAAACAAACAUUACGCAAAUGACUGAAUCAACACAGCUACAAACAGCAGAGAAUAAUAACGCAGGCGUUGUAAAAAUGGAACCACUACCGCCCGCCUCUACAGCCUCCACAGCCAAUACCACAUUAGCCACAUCGCCAGCACCCUCCUCGGCGAUGGAACAACAGCAACAGCAGCUGGCAGCUGCGGCAGCACAACAACUACAGCAACAGACAGCUUCCAUACUGAGUGCAACACAGCAAUUGCAUCAGCAACAUCAACAGCUACAGCAACAACAGCAGCAACAGCAAUACGCCUUGAAAUGGAAUGACUAUCAGACAUCAAUGUUGAGCUCCUUUCGCCAUCUAAAGGACGAAGAGGAUUUCGUCGAUGUAACAUUGGCCUGUGAUGAGCGCUCAUUUACCGCCCAUAAAGUGGUCUUGAGUGCUUGCAGUCCCUACUUCCGCAAAUUGCUAAAAGCCAAUCCCUGUGAACAUCCAAUUGUCAUAUUGAGAGAUGUACCAGCGGACGAUGUAGAAAAUUUAUUAAGUUUUAUGUACAAUGGUGAAGUCAAUGUGGGCCAUGAGCAUUUACCGGAAUUCCUGAAAACUGCCCAUCUGCUACAGAUUCGCGGUUUGGCGGACGUCAACGGAUCGGGUGGUGGUGGUGGUGGUGGUGGCAAUGCCUUCAGUUCAGCACUAAAUCCUGCCGCUAAAACACUCAGCCAAGCUCUCAGCAGUAACAAUCUCUCGGGUAGUGCGAAUAAAUUAAAUUUUCUCACAGCAGCCACACAAGCGUUAAGCAAUACCUCCAAUUUACCAUUCACCACGCCCACAUUGGGUACAAGUACACCACUCAAUACACUAUUGAAUAGCAGCAAUCCGGCUACAGCAAAUACAGCAGUUACGGCUAGCAAUAGCAACAGUAAUACCAAUAGCAACAGCAAUAAUAAUAACAACAACAACAACAAUAAUAAUAAUAACAAUACAAAUAACAACAACAAUAGUAGCAGCAGCAGUAGCAACAAUAACAACAACAACAAUGGAAAAACACCUGCCAUCCAGGAAUUGAAAGCCUCCUCAGCGUCUCCCGUAAGAAAAUCAAAUAACAAUAAAGCCAAUCAUUGGGAUCUUUCGGACUCGGAUAGUAAUCGCAAUAAUCAUUUGACACCUCCGCCACAAAAGAGAAUAAAAAGCGCCGAUUUGUUUCGUGCCCAACAUGGCAUUAGUCCCGAACGCUUGUUGAUCGAUCGUGAUUUCCCCGUUGCUGGCCAACAUCCAUUGACACGCAAUCGUGAUCGCAGCCGUGAAACAUCGCGCGAUCGUGAUCGUGAAAUGCGUGAAUCCUUACUGGGACAGGCUUUGGAAAAUUCAAAUGGUUUACAGAAACAACACAAUGAUAUGGGCUCUCUACAUGGUCAAAGCGUUUGCGAGGACUCCAAUAGCUCCGAUACCGAACCCUCUGAUCGAGGCGAUGGACAAAAUGAAGGCACCUUAGAUUCACUAGACAAUCAGCGUUCUCAUUCCUUCCCCAAUGCCUUUUUGGGCCUGCAGGGUAUACCCGGCCUAUUGCCAGGACCCUCAGGCAUGGGCACCAAUGAUUUCGCUUCAGAUGUGCAACAGAAUUUGGGCAAAUUUCUGAAUACAACGCAAAUCAAAGAGGAGCUCAAAGAUGAGGAAGAGCCCAAGGAAACGGAAGUUGUUCUGCACAAAGAUGAACCAAGAGCCGAAACGCCUUUACCACUGGCCUUGGAACAAAAAUUGCGCGAAUAUCCCGAAGAGUUGACGAAUCAUAAAAUAAAUCAAUCCUCGCAUGUAAACCACAAAGUGGCAAAUAUCAAAACCCGCUCCGCAAAUUCCUCUCCAGCACGUUCUAUGCGCUCGUGGCAUGAUAGUGAUGAUGAGAAUUUCAUGGAUGAUGAUGGUGCUUCCUCAGUGUCGUCGGCCAUAUCCUUGACCAUGAAAACCAGUAGGCAGAAUAGUGAGUCCACCCUGUAUCAGGCACUUUUGAAAAAGCAACAACAUCAACAGCAGCAGCAGCAGCAACAACGAUUAUCCGAUCAGGAGCAUCAAAUGCAACAAAGACACCAGCAGCAGCAGCAACAACAUCAGCAGCAACACCAAAACGACCAUCAGCAACACAAUCACCAGCAACAGCAGCAGCAACAACAACAACAACAAUAUCUGGAUGAACUGCAACAAUCGGCUGUAACGCACCAGCAGCAGCUGACAGCCAAUCUUUUGAUGGCCCGCACCAUUGCCUUUAGCCGUUCCCGCGAUUUUCCCGAUCUUUUUCAAAAUCCUGCUGCAGUGGCAGCAGCAGCUGCCGCCGCCGCCACAGCAUCGGCUGCCUCGGCGAAUGCUGCAGCCGCUGCUGCCAACAACAGCAACUACAUGUUACCUUGCCCCCUGUGCGAAACACCGCUGGAGCAACGAGUUUUUCGCCAGCACUUGGAUCGUCAUUAUCCCCGCGACAGCCCUGUGUGUCCCGUCAUUGAAUGCGGGCGACGUUUUGCCCAUCCCAAUUCGGUACGCAAUCACAUGCGCAUCAAGCAUACGCUACAGUGGGCAAAAAUGAAAGCAAUGCGUUCAUCGGGUGGACCCUUUGCAGGAGGUCCAGAUUUCAAAUGAAACUUUAAUCGCCGCUCUUUGGAAAUGCGUGUACGUGCAACUGACCCUCGCCCUUGCCCCAAAUGUGGCAAGAUCUAUCGCUCGGCCCAUACCUUGCGCACCCAUCUGGAAGACAAGCAUACCGUGUGCCCGGGCUAUCGUUGCGUACUUUGCGGUACUGUGGCCAAAUCGCGUAACUCUCUGCACUCGCAUAUGUCGCGUCAGCAUCGUGGCAUAUCCACCAAGGACUUGCCGGUGCUGCCCAUGCCCAGCGCUUUUGAUCCUGAAUUGGCUUCGCGUCUUCUGGCCAAGGCUGGAGUGAAGAUUUCACCUGCCGAGCUAAGAGCACGCGCCUCACCCACCAACAGCAGCGGUGGCGGCAACAGCCAAACUAAACUGGAUAUCAAUUUGUCCAAUAACAUGAAAGAUGAAAUGGUGGAGGACUCUGAUGAUGAUCCCGAGGAUUUGACCACUGCCAGUGGGGGUUAUGGCAAUGCUGGUGCCAAUGCAGAACUAAGCCGCUAUCAUGAGUCUUUGUUGAGCAAUUUCGGUCAUGCCAAUACCACCAUAUCGCGCAUAAGAAACGAAGCAGCAGCUGCUGCGGCGGCGGCCGCAGCUUUGGGACAACAAAAAGAUUUAGCCGCUGGCCAAAUACCCACCAGUUCAGCGGCGGGACAAUCGCUAUUGGACACCUAUUUGCAAUUCAUCACAGAGAAUACUUUCGGCAUGGGCAUGUCCCAGGAACAUGCUGCCGCAGCCGCCUUGCAUGCCGCCAAAAUGGCCCAACUGAAUGCCAUGGGCCAUGGUCUCGACAAAUUGCCCCCAGGGCUUUUGCCGCCGCAAUUUGAUUUAAGCAAAUUAGCCAGCCAGGCAGCAGGCAAUGCUUUCACCAGCAUGGCUGCCGGCAAUAACAACAGCGGUCUCACCAUUGAGCCCAUUAUGAGACGUGAAGGUGGUGUCAUGUCGCCCAGCCACAGUGAAAAUAUGCAAAAUUCUCAAAACACUCCCGCCUCGAGCAACAAUGAUCUGCGAAGAGAUCCCUCCGAGCCCAUGGAUCUGGGCCUAGAAGGCAACAACCAAUCGGGCAGCCAUCACGACAAUCUGGGCUCCGACAAUGAGGAUAACUAUUCCGAGGACGAGGGUGUUCACAAUACAUAAAUCAAAAGCCAAUACCUGUCUAGGAAAUGAAAUCACAACAAAAACAUACACAAAACUACGAUAUUUUAUUUUUAAGAGAAAAUAUAAAAUAUUUAGAAAAUUUUAUUUUAAAAAAAGCGGAAAGCUGCCGCAAAAGUUAAAUUUAUACAAAAGAACAAAAACAAACUUCGCAACUGCCGUGGUGGGUAAUUAUGUUCUGUAAACUCAAAAUCUGAAGGAUUUUGUUAACAACAACAAAAAAAAACAAAUAUUAGUUAAAAUUGUUGGCUAAAGUCGAAGGACGGACCUUAGCCUGGACAACAACCACAACCAACUACCACCUUAGUCGUACUCACAUACUCGUACAUGCAUAGUAAUUUUGAAUUUGAAAUUUUUGCAACAAAGAAGCCUUAACCAUGUAUACCAGUUUAUUUUCUUUUUUGGAACAAAAACCUUUUAAACUCUCGCCGUUUUAAAAGCAAAAAACAAAAACCAAGGGUAUUUUAUACGGUCAAGAUAUUUUGAAAUAGCAACAACAACAAAUACUCUGACAACAAAAAGAAUCGCUCGUAUACGAUUUACGAUAACCGUUUUAAAUAAAAAAAUACAUAGCAAAACAAAAAAGAAAGAAAAAUCCUUAAAUAUUUGAAAUUGUUUUUUUUUUUUUUUGAUAAUUAUUAUUGUAUAUAAAAAUAAGAGAUUAAAAGCGAUAUUUCAAACGGGCAAUAUUAUAUAGACAAAUUAUAAAAAAAGUGAAAAAAACUUACAACAACAUGUUAAGACAUCAUCUUAAAGAUAACAUUGAUCCUCUACAGCAAACCUUAAAGCCCUCCUUUGUCCUACUCCUUAAACGUAACAAAUCUAACCUACAUAACAUACAUCCAUCAGUUCUAUACAAAAGAAAGAGAGUGGUGAAAAAAACUAAAGCAAUUUUUAGAAUUAAAUUUUUAUGUAGUUUUUUAUUAGCAUACGCCUAGUUAUAACAUUUAAGUGUACAUAUUUAUUGAAUGUUAAAGAACAAGAAGACGACGACGAUGACGACGUAGAAGAAGGAAAACAAAACACAUCCUAGACCAUGUAUUUUGUAAAAC